AUGUCUUAAACUUUCGCCUUUGAAAAGUACCCUUUCCUUAAGGAAUUAGGUCUUGAACAAACUAACCACGGCUGCUUUGAUGGUGAGAAGUGGACUGGUAAUGGUAAAACUUUCUUGUCAGUCAACCCAACCAACAACGAAGUUAUCGCUGAAGUUAGAGGUGCUACCCCUGAAGAAUAUGAAGUAGCUGUCCAAAAUAUGAAUAAAGCUAAAGCUGAAUGGGUUAAGUUACCCUUGCCCAGAAGAGGUGAAAUCGUCCGUUAAAUUGGUGACGCUUUCAGAAAGCACAAGGCUGCUUUAGGUAGACUUGUUUCCUUAGAAGUAGGUAAAAUUGUUGCUGAAGGAGAAGGUGAAGUUCAAGAAAUUAUUGAUAUUUGUGAUAUGGCUUGCGGUUUAUCUAGAAGUCUCAAUGGUUAAAUUAUUCCUUCUGAACGUCCUGAUCACUUUAUGAUGGAGCAAUGGAACCCUCUUGGUUUAGUUGGUGUCAUCUCCGCUUUCAAUUUCCCCACUGCUGUCUUUGGAUGGAAUUUCAUGAUUGCUGCUGUUUGCGGUAACUUGACUAUGUGGAAAGGUUCUCCUUCUACUUCUCUUUGCAGUGUUGCUUGCACAAAGAUUAUCAUUGAUAUCUUAGAAAAGAAUAAUUUACCCAAAGCUGCCUUAACCUUGUGUAUGGGUGAAGCUGAUAUCGGUAAUUUGAUGGUUGAAGACAAGAGAUUCCCCUUGAUUUCUUUCACUGGUUCAACUCAAGUCGGUAGAAUCGUCUCUGAAAAGGUUAGCAAGAGAUUUGGUAAGACUAUCCUUGAAUUGGGUGGUAACAACUGCUUAAUUGUUUGUGAAGAUGCCAACGAAGAAUUAGCAUUAAAGGCUUCCUGCUUCGCUGCCGUAGGUACUUGCGGUCAAAGAUGUACUUCCCUUAGAAGACUUUUAAUUCACUCUUCUAAGUAUGAAUCUUUGAAGGAAAAACUUGUUAAAGCAUACAAAUCAGUCGUUGUUGGUGAUCCUUUAAAUAAUGGCACUCUUUGUGGUCCUUUACAUUCAAAGGCUCAAAUUAAGAUCUAUGAAGAUGGUUUAAAGUAAAUCUAAGAACAAGGUGGUAAGAUUUUAACUGGAGGAAAGGUUAUGGAUGGACCUGGUAACUUUGUUGAACCUACUAUCGUUGAAAUGACUAAUCCUUAUGCUCCUAUCUUACAACAUGAAUUGUUUGUUCCUAUUUUAUACAUUAUGAAGUUUGAUGACCUUGAUGAAGCUAUUGCCAUCAAUAACUCUGUUCCUUAAGGUCUUUCUGCUUCUCUUUUCACUAGCAAUCUCCAAAAUCUCUUUAAGUGGACUGGUCCUUUGGGAGCUGACACUGGUAUUGUUAAUGUAAAUAUUGGUCCUUCUGGUGCUGAAAUAGGUGGUGCUUUCGGUGGUGAAAAGGAAACCGGUGGUGGUCGUGAAAGUGGUUCAGAUUCAUGGAAAUAAUACAUGAGAAGAUCUACUUGCACUGUCAAUUUCGGUAAAUCUCUCCCCUUGGCUCAAGGUAUCAAGUUCGAUCUUUGA